AUGGCCGCCCAAGGAACCCCUUUAGAAUACAAUUUUGGGCCUGACGAAGAGGAGAUCUACCGUCUGACUAUCCAGCACGAACUCUUCAAGUCAGCUUACUCAGCGCUCAUUUUGGCUCCCAUCAACCUCUCCCAGCCAGGUUUGAAAAUUCUAGAUUCCGCAACAGCAGAUGGCCUCUGGCUUCGUGAGCUGCAGCCCAGCCUUGCCACCCCUCACUCUCUUGUCGGCACCGACAUAAACCCUAAUUUCUUUCCUCAUACACCAACAGAUGAUAUCACGCUCAAGGUGCAGGACAUCACAAAGCCCUGGCCAGCCGAUUGGGCCGGCCAAUAUGAUCUCGUUCAUUCUCGGAAUGGGCUCGCAGGUUGUGGUUCUUUCCCGGUCUCAGAAGCCUUGAAGAACCUUAUCGGCUUGGUGAAGCCAGGAGGGUGGAUUCAGCUCGUUGAGAUGAGCUUUGAAGGCGUAAAAGAUACCUCAGGACCCCUGUUCGAGUUCAAAGUCUUGCUCGAUGCGUUCUUCUCUGCGGCGAAAGCGCAGUGGAAUUUUGCCAAUCGUUUGGAAGGGUGGCUUGUUGAGGCGGGUAUGGUAGAUGUGGAGGUCAAGAUUUCUCAGAUGCCGUAUGGCAAGGCCUGUGAUGAUGAGGAGACUGCGAAGAAGAGUCUAGAAAGCUUCAGACAUGGGGCGAUAGCCGUUUGCGGUGCUGCCAGGGCGAUGGGUGUCGACGGAUUCGCCAGUGAGCAAUUGGAUGCUUUUCCAGGAAGGCUCGACAAGUACUUGAUGGAGCAUCGAGCCGAAGUCCCUGUGGUCUGUGUAUGGGGACGCAAGCCAUUGUAG